AUGUAUUCAACAGGAAACCAAAGGAAGCAAAAAGAAGGCUCUUCACUAGGCUACUCUAUUUGGCCAUUUAGUCCAUUGUAAAAAUAAUGUAGAGAAGAAGCUAAAAGAGGUGGGACAGCACCUGGCUUUCCAGAACGGAAUUUUUAUUACCAAAAAAAGCUUCCCGUGAGUUCUCACAAAUUUGAAGUAAAUUCUAUGAACUCUCCAAGCCAUCCAAAAAGUAAUAAGGUUUCUAUCCGGGGCUCAGGUUGAAAUUCUUCAAUAUCAAGAGCUCCAGUGAAAUUGCUUACAAUGAUGCAGGAAAAUCCAAAAACUAGUGCUUUAAAACCUACAGAAGAUUUUAAAAGGCCAGUAACUAUUGGCUAUCGAGCGUCAGAGGUAACAAAAAUCAAUGAAAUGGCAAGACAUCGCCCACCUUCAAGGCAUAAAACUCCUCCAAAAGCAACUGGCCUUUAUCUUCCUCCAUCAAGCUGCACACCUCCUAAUGAAUUGGCAACGAAAGAAAUGUUUGAGAAAACUUGGUCAUAUAAGCACCCAGCAGAGCAGCAAGAAAAUAGUGAAUUGCAAUAUAGCCCUAGAAUGCAUUAGGAUGUGGGACUAUUUUAAUUUUUCAGAUAAUAUAUGAUUUUAGGUAUUUGUAUAAAUUAAGAAUUUUUGGCUUUGAGAUUUCUAUUUAGACUUAAAGCCUUUCUGGGUCAUACCAUUUUAGAAGGUAAAUUAAUAGCUUUAGCUAUCUAUAAAUGUGCCUACACACUAUAUUCUGACAGAAAAAAUGCUGGAUCCCCAGCAUUUGAACACGCAUGAGAUGAAGGUGUAACAAGACCGAAGACUCAGAAUGAAAAGACUAGAAGAAUGAGGAUUAUUGCAGCGCAAGAAAAAGUACAGCCUCCUAUGGGAAAUGAUAUAAUAAAAAAGCCACUUACAGAUAAGCUUUAUGAUGUGCCUAUUAUUUUGAAUAGGGAUGAGAAGUAUAAUAGGAGGAUUUUUAGUGCACAUGUAAUUGAAGCUAAAUCUGGAAAGCAAAGGCCUCCAUCUUAUAAAGCUGUGAAAGCUGCUUUUCAGUCAUCUUUAGAUGGAGACUUUUUGAAUUUAUUUGAGCCAGCUGCGUAA